CACGACAUCGAGCACAAAAAGGCAGAAACACAACAAAGUAAAACGCUCCAGUCCAUCUCUACGCGUGUGUCCACAUCCACAAAGCUAUCUACAAUGCCAUCAAAACGAGUUGGCACGAUAGCGACAUUGACAAAGGGAACAAAGGGCUGUAGCCGAUCGUGAAGUGACUUGGUGCGAAAUCCGUCGAUAAUGGCAUGUGAGACACAGGACAAAGCAAGAGCGGGCAUAUAACACACGCCGUGUCGUGUCGUCCUUCUUCCGUCUCUUGCCGCUUACGACCCCCCGCCUCAUACCCCCUGCCCACUCUCAGACACUGACCCCCCAUUUCACGAUACCUUCUCGCUCUUUGAUCCUACUUCUACACCUCGUAUACGGGCUUUUUUGUCUUUUUUGCACACGUCAUGCAAGCUUUCCAAAUACACGAUUCUUCUGCCCAGUGGGAACCCUUCUUCCUCACCACCAUCGCGGUCUGCUGCGACGUCGAUAUACCCACCCUGAUCCUCUCCAAAACGGCACAAUGCGCUCGGCGAGCCGAGCUGUAUUCCGACUCCGACGAAAUCAUCCCGACUGUCGCGACUGCUGCUGCUUCUAAUCCCCCUUUUUAUCGAGCGCCGCAAGCGUACCGCUUUCCCACCGGAGCCAGUUAUCACGUCGGCUGCUGGCCGCCCCGGGCUGGUGGUGCCGAAGAUCCAGAGCCCCAGACCAGCGUCUGGGAGAGCGACUCCGAUAAUUCCGACGAGGAGUCCGAUGCUUUCGGUAGCUCUACCAACUCUGGCAUAGGACGGGAGUUGACUGGCGGCAGCAGCAGCAGCGCACCAAGCCGCUGCACCUCCCCGCCAUCUGAUGCUGAUCUCGUCGUCUCGGCGUCCAAGAGCGUUCAGGGCCUGUCGGCCGACAGCAAAGCAUUUGCACGGUUCCUGGACCUGCUCGUGCGCUCGAACGCCGGGCGCAUUGGGAUCAGCAAGCCCAAAGGCUGGGCGCGUCUCCGGCCGCUUGCGCCAACGCCUCUGAAUUUGUGGUGGAUCCAUUAA